AUGAUUCAGAUGAUGCUCCCCAGCGGUGAAGGCCUACAGCAUCGACACAGGCAAUGGGAAACUGCCCCUGUUGCCGAGGAUGACCAUGUGGUAGCUACAAAUGAGCUUGUCGUACCUACAGACGAGCCUGUGGUAGCUGGAGACGUACAAGCACUUGGUGCAGACGCAGCUGAUGAUACUGAGGGAUUUCCUAGUGGGCCACAUGACCCAUCAGUACUACGGAGUAUGCUGACCAUGUUGUUGUCAGCGUAUGGAACGAAGAGGCCUGCUCCUGAGAUUGAGGGCCUAGUUGCUGUCACAGGACUAAGUCCUUUGAUCGCGUGUUCAGUAGACACUGGUGAUCGGGGACUUAUAUCCUCAUUUGUGGAGAGGUGGCAUAGGGAGACUAGCAGUUUCCAUCUUCCCGUGCGGGAGGUUAGCAUCACCCUGGACGACGUGGCAUCUCUUCUUCAUCUUCCCAUUGUUGGCGCCUUCCAUACCUUCCAGCCUCUGCACGUCGAUGAGGCAGUGUUAAUGUUGGUUGAGUUACUAGAGGUCUCAGGAGAGGCAGCCAGGGCCGAGACAACACAUUGUCAUGGACCAUACUGUUGGAUAUAUGAGCACUUUCUGUUAGUUGCGGAGUGCAUCAUUGAUCCGGACUAUGAUGAGGUGUCACCACGUGCAUGUUGGUGGAUUGCUAUGAAGGUGACUGUGAAGACCAUAUCUACAGUGACAUACAGGAAGCGUCUGGAUUGA